AUCCCAAACACAGAUAAAAAAUACAAUUCAUUUCAUUUCGCGUUUCUCGUCUUUUUGCAUUACAUACUUUCCGAAAAGAGAAAACGAGAUAUUUUGGAAUUCUACAAGAAAUUGUAUACUUAGUUUCCUUCAAGAUUAUUAAAUUAACGAUAAAUGGCUAACAAAAACUAGUGCGAGUUUAAGUACGCAAGUGUAAUGAAGGAAGUGAAAAAGUGUCAGAAACUUGUUUCCCUUUGAUGAAAUGACGUGAAAAUACAAUUUCAUAAACAUUUUAGUGGAAAUGUGUUUGUUAUUGUGCGUUUGAUUGUGUAUGUUCGAUCAUAAUGCAGUCAACGACGGAGGGAUGUAUGAAUAUCGCCGAGCUAGCGAAUCAGCUGAGGCGUGAGAAGAUAUUUAUCAACUCUGAGAGGCAGCUGUUGCAGAAGCUCAAUGAGGAGGUUGAGAAACGAGCUCUAGAACUUCUGCAGGUGGCCUGGAUCUGCCUGCAGCAGCGGCAAAACCUUACGAAUUUAAUUACAUCAAGAUGUGAUGCUGAUUCUAUAGCAUACUGCCAGAGAGCAAGUCACCUUGAACGAACGAUUUUUGUGGACGCCUUUAAAGUCUUGAAGUACAAGGAAGCGACAGCUCUAGGUGAGCUCCUAGGAUGGCUCCGCGAAUCCCCUCACCUUGUGUCCCUUUGCCUCCUCCUUGGCGAGGACAGCAUUCCGCCAAGUCUACCAGUGGCGUUGAUGUCUGGGCUGUACGGCAGCUGUCGGUCAGCUUCAGACAGGACCAGGUUCCUGGCCGUCAUCAGGUCGCUCAUCAAACAUCAGAUGGCACCAUCCAGUGAUCCUAGGAAGUUCUUUCGCACUGGCAAAUGUGCGUUAUCCUCCCUGUACGCGGUGUACCGAGAUGGACACACACCGGCUCGUCAGUUCCUGGUCGCAGUCCUACAGAACCCCGUGAUGGCUGUACUGCAUGAGGACGAGUUCUUCCUCGACAUCGACCCUGAUAAGGCUAUGGAGAGGUUCUCACCAGCAGACCGCACAAAGAAGUUCGGUCAGCCAAACAGCCAGGAGUACGCAGCGAAGGUAGCUCGGUACCGCAAGUGGACCAUCCAGUCGCUGUACAACCUGACCACCAAGUUCAUCGUGGCCCUUAGAGAACAUUGGCCCAACUUCCCGUCCACUAUAGCGUGGAUCGUCCAGCAGAUCGUGCAUCUACUUAAACAACAUUCCAGAACAUCAGACCGCGAGUUGCACGCGAUAUGCACGGACCUUAUAAUGAGCCACUUCAUAUGUCCCGCGAUCGUGAACCCCGAGGCUCACGGCGUAGUGGAAGUACCAGUGUCGUACAUCGCUCGCUUCAACCUCAUACAGAUCGCACAGAUCAUACAGAUGCUGUGCUUAGCCAAGUUCCAGGAGGUGGAUGCCAAAGUCCGUGACGUCUAUUUGAAAUUCGAGCGGUCAUGUCUAUGGACCCUGAUAGACAACGUGACGAGCGAGGCGUGGUCGUGCGCGCCCACGCCCGCGCAGCCCCACGCGCACGCCGAGACCCCGCGCAUCGCUACUGAAGCGCAUCUACAAACCACUGUUGCGCUGUUUACGCCGCAGGAUGCGCAACUACUGAUUACGUUCCUGAGGCGUAUAUCUUCGAAGCUGAACAACAACAUGCCGAGCGUGACGUCGGAUGAGCAACCUAGUGGAGCCGUCGCUGAGGCAGCGGCUCUAAGCAGUGAAACUAGCAGUGAAAGUUCCAGCAACGGCGAGGCGUGUGCCAGUCGACUUGCGACCUUAUUGCAGACCACCGAGCCUAACUACCGCAGCCGACUACAUGACUUGCUGAAGAAGAUGCCUGACCUCUCCAAGUAUAGGCCGACAACCCCACCGGAAUGCAAAGACCCAUCUCCAAUAGAGAACGGUCAUUCCAGUAAGAAGAGCAUCCUAGCCAAAGUGCAGCGACCACGGCUCCCUCGCAGUGCCAGUUCCAACUCCUCGUUAGCUUCAGCUGGAGAUGACAAGCCCGUCAAUGGGACCUGCAAGGAGGAUGGGACACAGGAACAUGUCGAGGUGCUCAUCAUCAAGCUUGCUAAUGUCGAGGAACAGGACUAUAUUGGCCUAGUUCCAGAGUCGAAGGUUCUAGAAUGUUACUACGGCGGCUCAGAGGCAGGUGAUGCGGAUGAAAAUGGAUCCGCUCUUGCUGUAGCGGGACCGAGCGCUCCCGUGCAGAAGAGGACCAGGUUCUCAGUAUCCCACGACGAAGUAUCACUGGGUAACACGUCAGACAACUUGGAGGCAGUGUCAGAGGCCGCGUCCAACCACAGCGUCACCUCCAGCCUCGAGCUGGAGACCGAGGACCAGAACGACAACCUCUCUGAUAUGGUAUCAGCGAACGUAUCAGGUCGCGGCAGCCCCAACAUAUCAGGGCGAGAGACUCCCUCGUCCCAGGUCACUGAGGGUCCCCCAGCCCAGCCCGCCCACCUGCACCACCCACACGCCAAGCUACUCAAGCAGACACGGCACGAUAUCGAGGACAAGUUCUGCAAGUUCGAGAUUAAGAAGUUGCUGGAAGGCGACGAGACGAUCAGUAUAAUGUCGGACACGUGGAGCACGGACGUCCUGGCGUCGGACUCGGAGACCAUCGGGGACUCUUGUGACCAGACUCAGGUCGCUGCCAACCAUUGUCAGAGCGGUUGCAACCAGAACGCCCCGGACGCGUCGGAAACUGCGAGCGAGUCUGCCUGGAGCAUGGACGUACUCGCUUCAGACAGCGACCGGAAUACUGAGGUGGACACGGACGACUGCGUGUCGGUGGCGGCCCGCUCCGACACGUCGUGGCCGCGCCGACCCUCGCAACAAGACGACGCGCCCUGCAGGACUUGUAACCAUCAGAACGGCAACGUGAAGCGGCCUGAAGUCAGCAGCCCUCGACAUACGUCGCGGCCGAACUUAGCCAAUAGGUCGGGCGGGUACCUGACGGCGACGGCGGCGCUAUCUCGCGGCGGGGAACUAGACCUGCCGCACGCACCGCCCUCGCACCACCAGUACAACAUCGAGAACAGGAAGAGCAUACUCGUCAAUGGGUACCCGGUGAUGACAUGCUACGCGACGUCCGCCCCGGAGAGUCCGAGUACGAGUGCGCCGGUACCACUGCCCGGGGAUGUAUUCGACUACGUGCCGCAGAACAACGGUGCCCAAACCGAGUCAACAUUGGAAGCCAACAGUCAGUCAGAUGCCACGAGCCAGUGGGUAGACGACAGUUUCCCCGCGCCCCACCACUCCCCCGACAGACCCUACCCCUCCACCUCCAAGUACGACCUCCCAUCCACUUCCAAACCUUACGACGACAACGACAUGAUGGACCGAUCACUUAACUCAAGCGAGAGCUCCUUCAAUGCAAUGUACGGCGGCCGAUUCGAUUCCGGUAUCGAUGCUGAGCGAGCGGAAUCCGAAUCAAGAUCGACGAUUACCGAUUUGAUGACUCGUAUGAGUUCAGCGACAAUAUCUACGUCGGCGAACCUUGUGAAUAAUAUCACGUCUAGGAUUGUGAAGUCGGAGAUUCGAACGAGUAUUGUUAGCAUUUCAUCGUCCAAGAUUGAGAAGAAACGGGAAGGGACCAGUAAUAUGUCGCUGAGUACGUUAUCAGUGAACAGUGCGGAGACGUCUGCGUCGGACAAGAGCUCGAGCCAGGAUGUGAACUCCGACAUAGUGACGGAACGUCGCGUCAGUCCGCCGCCCACCAAGAACGUCUCCACUGGAGCCAUACCUAAGAGCAUCAGCUUCGAUGCCACCGCUGAGAAGUCGCAGAGGAGACGUAUGGGCGAGGACGGUCUAGCAGGCAACCUGGACGAGCUGAAGAACAACGUGAAGCGGUCCGGCGGUAACUUGCUGCACAAGAUCAAGAUGUUCCGCCAGAAGGGACGCUCACAUACACAUCAUAACGACGUAAAACUGCCGGAGGAGGAGAACAGAAGUGACGACGGUAGCCGUCCGGAGCUGGCUGCAGGGGAGAGCUCGGAGGAGAUCCUCGCCAAGUACCGCCGCAAGUGUUCCACCGAGUCUACUGGGUCCAAGCACAAGCGGUCCCAGCGACGUGUGUCUGAUGUACCUGAUGCUGAGCUGGAUAGGUGUGAAGGUGUGGUGGAUCUGAAUGACCCCGAGGUGUUUAACAGUAUGAAGCGCAAGUUGCGCAUCGUAUUGUCAAACCCUGACCUACACUGCGUCGAGUUCGUGCCUAAUUGGGUGCGCGCGCUGGGCGCGGGGGCGGGCGCGGGCGCGGGCGCGGAGGCGGGCGCGGCGCACGCGGCCGAGCUGGCGCGCGCGCUGGCGCCGGCCGCCGGGCUGGGCGCGCGCCUGGCCGCCGCGCUGCGGGCCGACCUCGCGGCGCGCCGGCCCUACGCCGCCUACCUCGCCUCGUGUCGCGCGCAUCUCGCGCAUACUGACCAUGCACUCGCCAGACAGAUCAAGCAGUCCCGCGAGGAGUGGUGGUGGUGCGGGCGCGCGGCGGGCGCGGCGCGCGCGCUCGACCUGCUGGAGCGCGCGCCCGCGCUGCGCCGCCUCGCGCGGCACCACCACUACGCGCACGCGCACGCGCACGGUACGGGCUCCGCCACUAUACACUACUAUUCAUACAUUCACCAGUUCAUUAUUCAACUAACUCUUUGCCGAGAUAAACCAAGCUCACAACGUUUCAAGCCAUGCCUAGAACCUGCCGGGUCACUGAGCGACGAUCGCUUCAUCGGUUGUCGCGUUAUGGUAAAAAUUACAGACCCCGCACGUGGUGAACUAAUGGAUGAGAAAGCAACAAGACUGACUGCCAGCAUCAAGGCUAUCACAGCCGAGGUGAAGGCAGACCCCUCCUGGGAAGGAGCGACUUCCACCCUCCUGGAGAGCGUGGAGCUGACAGUGGAGCGCGCCGCCUUCGCACGACUCUACCUGCAUGUACUGUUCCCCAACGGAGACGGAGACAUCGCGCGAGACCAGGUGUUAUCGGAGCACAUCCGCCGCGUGUCGUCGGUGACGUCGGCGCGCUCGGUGGGCAUCGGCGCCGCGCACCGCUGGGCCGCGCCAUACCCGCGCGCGCAGAGACAUCUCAGGCAUCUACCCGUGUACCGCACGCCGCGGGACAAGCUGUCGUGUAUAAUGCGGUGCGUGACGUCAAUAAUGGCAGUGCUGGGACUCACUGAAGGCACCACGCCCUCCGCCGACGACCUCACACCCGUACUCGUCUACGUCAUACUGAAGGUGAACCCACCAUCAUUGCUAUCAACGAUCGAGCUGGUGAACGCUCUGGGCGGCUCGGCCCUCCAGGGCGAAGCCCUAUACUGGUGGACGCAGUUCUGCGCCGCCGUGGCCUACAUCAAGACUAUGGAUUACCCGCGACCCGACAAUAACGAUACCUAGCCUUUACAUACGCGCCUGAUUUCAGCGCGUGUUCCAGAUAUAAAAUUGGAAAUCAUUCGCCGCCGGCGGUGCCACACUGUUUGAGCAACGACUACAUACUCAGUCAUUGUACACAUUGUAUUAUCUAGUACGGAAUCAUGUAAUAAUCAUUGUUCAGUAGUAAUCGAACAUUUAGAUUGUAUUACGCGCAAUUAUAUUCAUAUAGGGAAAUCUGUGUUUAUUAAUUAUAUGGAUUGUCUAAUUAACGGCCGUUUUCGAGCAUUUUUGAGUAUUGAGAAGAUUUUUUGU